UCCGGGGGGAUCUCUUCGUCGUUUCUUUUUCUUCUUAAGUUUUAGAAAUUUUGUAAGGAAAGGUGCUGGCUGGACGCGGAUCUUGCUCUGCAGCCGUUUUCGUGGCCGUCGGGCUGCCAAAGCCGGAUUUACUCGCAAGAAGACUUGCACUGGAAAGUUCUCCUGCUCCACUUUGGAUCCAAACGCUCUUCCAGGCGCUACUCCUUGGAUGUCCCAGCCACCUUCACAUCACUUGAGAGACAGUAAUGGAGGCCUUUUGUCGCUCAGAAGACAUGCUAGCAAAGGCAUCCCAGCUCUGGACAAUGCUGGAUGACAUGGCUGAGAAUUCUCCCGAGAGUUAUCGCCAAUUCAUGCAACAGCAACUAAAUGAUGCAAAGCAGUAUUAUGCCCCUCCUGAGCCAUAUCUGUGCCUGGAAGCCCAGAUCUUGGAGCCUACUGAAAAGAUACUGUUUGUUAACCUCUGCAGUUGGAAUAAGGUCCCCCCUCCCCAGUCACCGUCCGAUCCAGUCCCAUUAAGUUCUGGCAAAAUGGAUACAUUUGAUAAACCAGAGCCGUACAGCGUCCUUGAUCUUGCAUACAACCCGUCUGUUCUCGAGCAGGGAAAACACCCAUUCGAGAAAGACCAACUGAUUCGCUUGUCGCUCAGGUUCAUUGAGGAGCAUCACGACCUCGUCCUGUCCCCCACUUACAGUAUUGCAAAAUUUAAACUGCAAGGCAGCCUGGAAAGGAUGAGGCAGAGUUUGAGAGGAGGGCAGCCAGCGGUGCCUCCUUCUCCAAAGAGCACAACAGAUGAGGUGACGCUUGACCAGCUGAGAAACAUCACAGCACAGGAGGAGGGCGCCAAACUGACUCUGCUGGAGAACACCGUUGCCCCCAAACCCUGCCUCAUAGAGGAGAUUUCUAGUAUGGAGAGGCCAGAGGAGCUGAAGCCACCGCCGUAUGAAGUUACCACGAGGAAAGAUGCCCAUGGAAAAGCCGUGAAGCUCGAAGUGAAAGUUGAAAUGCCAGAGGUGCGCUGUGUCUCCGAGUGUAACCUGAGCAUUUCUAAGGAUGACCUACUGAUUGAAUGCCCUCAAAAAUACCAACUGCACUUGAAUCUGCCAGAGUCUGUGGAGGAGGAAGCAGCGUCAGCAACAUUUUUCAAGAAGAAAGGGGUCCUGCUCAUCACUCUGCCUGUUUGCCAGCAGAAUAUGCUCACUCAGCACGUACAGGGACUUUAGACAGUCUAAUAUUAAGUGCGCCGCUGGCUGUUGGCCCGUUUCUUAACUCCUCCGAGUCCCAGCGCAGGAAGCCCAGCUGCCCUUUGAACAGACGCAGCGUGCUCUACCAACUGCCUAGAGAUAAGAUGUGCUACCAGUGACAAUGGUGACAUGAAAUGUCUCUCUUACUCCUCAUUCAGUUUCAAUUGUGUGGUGCUCACCAUAAGAGAUAAUCACAUGAACUAGACUUAAAAAGCAAUAGCGAACUGCACACCUCAAAGAAUC